UGUUCUCCCUCUAUUUUGCUCUCAAGUCUCAACUGUUCCCUCUUCUUCUUCUGCAAUGGCAACUGAGAACACGUCCACCAAGAAAAGGAAGCAACGCUAUCUUCCCCACAAUAAACCAGUGAAAAAGGGAGCAUACCCAUUACAUCCAGGGGUACAAGGGUUCUUUAUAACAUGUGAUGGCGGAAGGGAACGCCAAGCCUCUCAUGAAGCCAUUAAUGUUAUUGAUUCCUUCUUUGAAGAGUAUGUGCAUGGGGCAGGUUCAAAUAAACAACAAGAAGCAAUACCAAAGCAAUUCAUGAAUAAGAAAACUAAAUUUGUAUACUCUGAUAGUAGUGAGGAUGAAGAUGGAGAUGAUGACGGGAUUGGCAAUAACAUUCAUAGGAGCACAGAGGAGAAAGAUUUACGUACGGAUAAUAUAACCGAUGCUAAUUGUGAAACUCUAGUUGAUGAAAAGCUAGGGUCUCAGAAUGAGGACGACUCGUCUGUUCAAGAGGAAAUACAAGAACAUAAAGAUGGUAAGGAGGAAGUGACAAAGAAGCAUAAAUUUCAAGAAGGUGAUGCUGGAGAGCAGCCAAUUAAAAAGCAGUGUGUUGAAAUAAGUUCAUCAAAGUCCCCAAAUUUGGCAUCUUCUAAGAUGGAGGAGAAAUCAGUUGAUAAAUUGAUCGAAGCUGAGCUAGCUGAGUUGGGAGACAAAAGUAAGAGACGAUUCAGCAACCUUGACUCAGGCUGUAAUGGUGUUGUAUUUGUCCAAAUGCGCAAGAGAGAUGAUGAUCCGAAUCCGAAGGAUAUCGUGCAGUAUAUGAUGACUUCCCUUGCUUCAACCCGGAAACACAUGUCUAGAUUCAUGUUAAGGGUGCUGCCUAUUGAAUUAAGCUGCUAUGCAUCAGAAGAGGAAAUUGUAAGGGCAAUUAAACCUUUUAUUGCAAAAUACUUUCCAGUGGAAGCUCAGAAUCCCCACAAGUUCGCUGUAUUGUAUGAAGCCCGUGCAAAUACUGGUAUUGAAAGAGCAAAAAUCAUCGAUGCAGUCGCAAAAUCUGUUCCUUCACCACAUAAAGUUGAUCUUAGCCAUCCUGAUAUACAUAUUGUUGUCCAAAUUGUCAAGACUGUUUGCUUGAUUGGGUUGGUUGAGAAGUACAAGGAAUUGGCCAAGUUCAAUGUGAGGCAGCUUACAUCUUCUAAAUCCUAACUUGGCAAUUCAGUUUGGUUUUAAGCAGCCUACCAGUUUCUGUUCUCACAGUCAUUUUCUUUAAUGUAUUUCCUACGAUAUUUUACCAAAUUUUGUACUUUGUUAUGCUUAGUUCAUAUCAAUCUUAAACUUGUGGCUUAGCCUGAAAAAAAAAAAAAAAAACGAAGAUGAUUUCGGAGGUGUUUAUGUACUCUUUGUCAACAAAAGAAAUAUUCCACUUCGGAUACACACAGUCAUUCAUUCCCCCUAAAAGUCAGGUGUCUGAAAUUUCCAGACAGAAUAGUCAAUCCAAUUUUGUCUUCUUUUUCCAGAGGCAACGAGAUUUCUGAUA